AUGGCUAUCCCAGUGAUAUUUGCACCUGUGAGCGAUGCGGCAAUUGAUACCAAAAACAUCGUUGGCGUGUGGCUCUUUGAUGAGGUCAAUAACAAAGAUAUGUCUUCCGAUUCUUCCGAAAACGGCAAUGAUGCUGAAUUGCUUAAAGGUGCUGAAUUGGUAGAUGACGGAAAAUUUGAUAAGGCAUUGAGUCUCUCUGGUGAUGACGAAUUUCAGAUUGCAAUGGUCGAGACGUCAAAGAGUUUAGAUAGUUGUGCUGAAGAAUAUACCACUACGACGUGGGUGAAACUCAAGAAAAAAGAGAAAGUCGUUUUGGGCGGUUGCUGUAACGACGACCAUGCCAUCAUUAAUUUCCAAUAUACCUGCUUACUGAACAUCUUCGGACCCGGACGGGGUGGAGGACACGGUAAAGUUGAAAUUGGCAGUGGGCAGCUUGCACCGGCAUGGGUCUCUGGUCCAACAGUCGUCAAUGACGAUAAAUGGCAUCAUAUCGCUUUCACCUACGAUGGAAAGAAGAUGAUAGCCUAUAUAGACGGUAAAGUUGAUGCACAAGCCAAUACGGGUGGUGUUUUUGGAUUGACGGGACAGUCACUCCAGAUUGGCGGCAUGGCAGAUCAGCGCCCCGGGUGGGGUCUCAUGGAUGACGUGGGUGUCUUCAACACUGCUUUAAGUGAGGCGGAUAUCAACGACAUAAUGGACCAAGGCUUGGGUAAACUCUUCGGGUUUACGCCUGUAUCACCAGAAGGUCGUUUGACAACGGUGUGGGCACGUGUAAAGUCGGAACAUUAG